UUGUUAUAACAAGUACUGAAAAAGAAGUGUUAGUGAAAUUAAUGUUCAUUCUGUGCUCCAGGGAUCAUGUGCAGUGGACAGACGAGGAGACAGAGAAAGCCCGGCAAAAAGCAGAGGAGAACUCUAAAGAGAAGAUUCCUGUAGAAGAGCAAUCCAAAUAUGACAGAGAAGCUCAUAAAUAUUGGGACCGAUUUUAUGAGAUGCACCAGAGGAAGUUCUUCAGAAACCGAACUUGGCUCUUCACCGAAUUCCCAGAGCUUCUCCCUCCAGACACCGCAGGCUUGUGCCUCCCAGAGCAGGAGCAGGAGCAGGAGCAGGGCGGUGGGGUGGACUCGUGCUCCGAGUCUGGGAACAGAGAAAAGCAGCAGCCCUGCGCUUCCAGUACAUUAACCAGUCAUAUGAACACAUUCCCUGGACAGCAUGCUGCUUUCAGGAUACUAGAGGUGGGCUGUGGUGCAGGGAACAGUGUGUUUCCCAUCAUCAGCACCAUCAGGGGCAGUAAGGCGUUUCUGUACUGCUGUGACUUCUCAUCUCAAGCGAUUGAGCUCAUCCAGGAGCACCCAGACUAUGACCCUGCAGUGUGUCACGCAUUUGUGCGGGACAUUUGUGACACGGCGUCCCCAUUUCCCUUCCCACCCGAGAGUCUGGACAUUAUUCUGGUGGUCUUUGUGCUCUCUGCCAUCCACCCAGCACGCAGAGCUCAAGAUGCAGUGAGGGCUUUGGCUGGAUUCCUGAAGCAGGGAGGAAUUGUGCUGUUCAGAGACUAUGGCAGAUAUGAUCUGGCACAGCUUAGAUUUAAAAAAGGCCAGUGUUUGUCUGAGAACUUCUAUACGCGCCAGGAUGGAACCUGUGUGUAUUUCUUCACAAAAGAUGAGGUUCAUCAUUUGUUUUCUAAUGCUGGUCUGGAGGAGCUUCAGAAUCUGGAAGACAGGAGACUGCAGGUAAACCGAGGAAAGAAGGUGGUGAUGCACAGAGUGUGGACGCAAAGCAAAUACAGGAAGCCUUGUCUGAUUUCAGACUGAGCUCUCAAAAGAACUGGGCUAAAGGCCUUAACUUGAACACAAAGUCCUAUCAAGAUUUUAUGUGAUAGACUUCAAGUAUAGCAAAUGAUGGAGAUAUAACAUUACAGAAACGUCAAGAACUCCAUUUGUAUGUUUCUUUUAACUUCACAUGUGCCACUAUUUGCCUUUGUUAGGUUUCAAUAAAUUGUAAUGAAUGCGUUGUCUUGUAUUGCAUUAUUACGUAGUCGAGUGAAUUAACAUUAUUGGAGCCUUGAAAGUUAACAGUAGUUCUUCUAAAAGACACUUUAGCGUUUAAUUAAAGAAACAUGCAUAAUAUUUAGUGCUGGGCAAUCGCAAUUAAUCGCAUCCAAAAUAAAAUGUUUAC